GAUCAAAAAAAAAAAAAGAGUUGUAAUCCAAAACAUGAAUUCUCAUGUAAUAUAAUAAUAAUAUAAAAAGACUUUUGAACUCAAAUAUAUCACACAAACUUCAUAGUUUCCACAUAGUGUGGGAAGAUGAGAACAGUUGCACCUUCCUCAAACUCUUCAAAGCCCUCAAUAUUAACUCUAGUGAAAGUCUUGUUCUCCAAAUUGUAGAAGUAAAUGUAGUAAGGGUGUGAUAGAUCGUAAGGCGCAAACACAAUUUCACUUGUACCAGUCAUUCCAGCUAAGUACAUGAACCUGUCCUUGUCGUUGAUGAAAUUAAAUUAGGUACUGGGCCUACUGGCCAUUCAUAGGUCAAGACGACCUAUACCUUCUUUUUUUUUGUAUUUCUUGCUUACUUUAUAUGCAAGAAUCCUAAGUGGGCUUUAGUAGACCCAGAUGACAAUGAUCCUAAACGAGUGACAAAGAUGACAAAUGCAUCCACCGUGGCAUCAUCAUCCGGUCGCCGGAUAUCUUCAGCCGCCUCCGCCUCCCGUAGCUUGUGAAAAAAACGACAUUUCGAUUUGCACACAAGACAACAACUUCGUUGAUUGAUAUCCAGACAUAUAGACUUAAACUCGUUUAGAAAAAUAAGUAAAUUUCUGGUCAAUGAAUUGAUCUUAUAUUCUGAGAAAUUUAUUUAUCAUUGGUUUUUUUUUUACAAAUCUUACAUUAGUGGACAGAAAUAAUUUACAAAAAGGUUUUGAUCCAUAGACAUGAACUCUUGAAGACGUUAGCGUAUAAAAUAUUAAUUGCUGGUUGAAACUAAAAACCUAAAAAAAACAAUUUCAUCUAAACUUUUGCUGCCAAUUAAUAACGAUCUUUUGAUGGAUCUUCACUGUCUUGGAGCAAUAUUUUAACACUUUACAGUCUUUUGUAAAAUGAAAGUUCGUAUCAGAUUCUUGACUCGGAGUUGGGGACGAAAUUAAAGACUUCGUAUCAGAUUGAUUAUAUGGUCCAGCCAAAAACCACGUGAAUGUUGCCAUCUCAAAUGCAUUUCUUUAUACAAAAUCAUUUGUAAAAGAACCACGUUCAUCGCACAAAACUAAUUUUAACUCUCUUUUGUUUUUGCUCAAAUUUAAACUAUCUUAUUAUCUGGCUUUUAGCCUUUUGUAUUUUAUACCACACAAUAUAUUUGCUAUCUAGCUUUUAGACUUUUGUAUUAUUCGCCAACAACCAUGUCGAGAAUUAUUACCCACGAAUCCGCCAAAGUUUUAUUCAUUUUCUUGUGUGUUUAAAUAUCUUUAUUUCCUUCGAUUCAUUUUGAAAUAAGACUAAAAGACAAAACAAUAAAUAAUUAGCAGUCCCGACUCUCCUUUUCAUAUAGAGUCGACCGAACUUAAUCAUGAACUGCCACUAAAUAAGAAAAUAUCAUAAAACUGGGUGUUAUUGGUUUAUUGGUUUAUGUAUUUGAGUGGAUUUGAAAAUUCAAGUCUAAUUCAGUGUUAUUGCUUAUAUGAUUUUAAAAUCCAUACACAAAUCUAGUGUUAUUAGUUAUAUCAUUUUAAAAUAGUGUGUUAUUCAAUGGCAUAGAUUUCUUUAAAGAUUUGAUUUGGAAUUAGAUUUGAGUGGAUUUAUAAAUGUUUUUAGGGCAAAAAUACAAAGGAACAAAUAUUGACUUCAACCUUGUUAUUUUUAUUGGAUUUGUAAUACAGUUUUUUCACGUUAAACAAAUUUUCAAAUAUUAGUGCUGGUUUGAUUUUCUACGAUAAACACAUAUGUUUUCUACUUCCCAAUAUCUGAAAUUAUUUAUUUGGUAAAUAUCUCAUAUCAUGUUCAUCAUUACCUCUCUCUCUGGGUAACAAAUAAAUUUUCACCUAUAGCCACCGGCGAUAUUUCAAAGUUUUGAGGUUUACUUGAAUUAACCAGUUUUGGACCUUCCUAACUAUUACCUUGCUACCUUCCCACACCAACCAAUGAACAAUUUCUCUAAACCCAGACCUUUUCUCACAUAAACUCGUAAAGUCAGUGUUUAUGUCUAAUUACAAAUCCAUUUGUUUGAUUUAUAAAAAUUCACCUAUUUUGAUUUUGAAACUCUUACAAAUUAUUUUUAAAUCCACUUGUUUGAUUUAAAAAUCAUGGAUUUAUCAAAGAUUCCUAAGAUUUGUAAAUCCAUUAAAAUAUCAAAACCAAUAACCCCCACUAAGGUAUUCAUAAAUAAAAAGACUAUAUAUGGAGUUGCAUUAGAAGAGAUAUAUAUCAAGAAGAGCAAGAUAGGAAGAGCAUUUUUACCAAAAAAAAGAAAGAUAGGAAGAGCAUUGACUCUCUCGUUCUCAUAUCCAUGGACAAGACAUCAUCAUUCUCUAGCCACGAAGGAAAGCCCAUUCGAUGCAAAGCAGCAAUAUGUAGAAAAGCAGGAGAAGCAUUGGUGAUCGAAGAGAUCCACGUUUAUCCACCUCAAGCUUACGAAGUUAGGAUUAAGAUCAUAUGCACAACUCUUUGUCACACCGAUCUUGCUUUCUCGAAAUAUAACAGUGGACCAGUCGUAAGGUUUCCUAGAAUUCUAGGACACGAAGCAGUCGGUGUGGUCGAGAGCAUAGGUGAACAUGUGGAUGGAUUCAAACAAGGCGACGUGGUAUUGCCAGUAUUUCACCCUCACUGUGAAGAAUGUAGAGACUGCAAAUCUUCAAAGGGCAACUGGUGCACAAGAUUUGCCGAAGAUAUCGUGUCAAACACGCGACGAUACGGAAUGGCUUCGAGGUUCAAGGACUCCAUGGGAGAAGAUAUUCACCAUUUUUUCUUUGUCUCAAGUUUUUCUGAAUAUACCGUCGUUGAUAUCGCUCAUCUCGUUAAAAUCUCUCCUGAAAUUCCCGUUGAUAGAGCGGUUUUGCUCAGCUGCGGUGUCUCCACAGGAAUUGGAGCAGCUUGGAAAACGGCUGACAUUGAAGAAGGCUCCACCGUUGCAGUUUUUGGCCUUGGUGCUGUUGGACUAGCGGUUGGAGAAGGAGCCAGGCUGCGGGGGGCAGCACAAAUCAUCGGUAUUGAUAUCAAUCCUGAUAAAUUCGCGUUAGGUAAAGAAUUUGGCUUCACGGAUUUCGUCAAUCCUACCUUGUGUGGAGAUAAAAAGAUUAGCGAGGUGAUUAAAAAAAUAGCUGGCGGAGGAGUUGACUACAGUUUUGAAUGUGUUGGUAUAACUUCUGUAUUGAGCGAGGCUUUCAUUAGCACCCGCACGGGUACAGGAAAAACGGUAGCGUUGGGGAUAAAUCCUGCAGCUCCGACAGAAUUGCAUAGUUUUGAUCUUUUCAGAGGAAAACAUGUUUGUGGAAGUUUGUUUGGUGGUCUAAAACCCAAGCUAGAUAUUCCCGUUCUCGUGGAUCGAUACUUAAAGAAGGAGCUUAAUCUGGAUAGUUUUAUCACACAUGAACUGAAAUUUGAAGACAUCAACAAGGCUUUCGACUUAUUAGAGAAAGGAAAGUCUCUCCGGUGCAUUCUGUGGAUGGAUAAGAAAUAAAUAUCUUAUGUUAGAAGACGAAAAAAAAUAUUUUAUGUAAAAAGGAUAUGGACUAAGCUUCUCUGUUUUUUUUUUGUUUUUUUUCAUUUUAAUAAAUUAUUACAAAUAUCCUUCUGUUUAAUAUUAAGGCGAAUGAUGAAAAUUAUGAACUAUGUGAUUGAUUGGAAGGAAAACAAUGGACAUCUAUUUUUGUGUGCAGCUUUAUUCUAGCUUUAUUCUGAACUAAUCAUGUUUGAGCUUUAAAAAUAAAUCAACAUAUCUAAAACAUUAUAAGAGGAAAUAAGUUGGCUUUCAAAAUUAAAAAAAAAAAACAGAUUUAUUUGGUAAUUUGAAUGUCUUUAAAAUAACUCUAUAGCAAAAUAAAAAUCAAAGUCAUAGCCAAAAAACCUAUAACUCCAAUUGUAAAGCAAAGGAAAACUAAACUACUGCUUCAACAAAUCAAACUCUAUUAUAUAUUCAAAUUUUUAAAAUCAUCAAGUCUGUAGAUGUAUGUCUCUAUAUAUUCAAGUUUGAAUCAUAUUAAUUGAUUUAUUUUGACCAAAAUACCUUUUCCAACAAUAAAUAUGCUAAUCAAAACACGAUUCGGAAACCACUAAAAUUACAUUUACGGAAAAAUAAAUUAAAGAUUACCUUCCAGAACUAGCUAAGAUACCCAUUAAUUGGUUUUAGAUUUGGUAUUUGAAUACAUACGUUCAAAUCAGGUUCAUAAGACAUUAAUGGUCACAAAAGCAUUUGUUGAAUGUAUAAAUACAUACACAACACAUCAAAGUCAAUAGUACGAUAUAGAGAAAAUUAGCAUUUUUACUUGCACAAAAGAGGCAAAAUAUAAAAUUAACACAUUGAAAGCAAAGAAUUAUGAGAUCUGCUAGUGUUUUUAUGGUUUCUUGUAUUCUCAUGUUUUUUGUUCUGAUCCAUGUCAAAGGUAACACAUAUACUUUGUCUUUGUUUUUAUUAGUUUUACGUAAAAGUAAACAACUCUAACUUUGCGAAGUACGCUGUUUCCCUGGAAAAAGUGGUAGACCAUGUUCUAAUUUCAAGUUUGUUGAGUUAUCACUAACUAUCUUUUGUUAUAAAUUUAACUAUUUUAUGGUUUAUAUGAACUAAUAGAUGUAGAAGCUGGACUGACUCCAAUGGGUAGCCUAUGCGGCCAGAAGGAUAUAUUUAUCGGGAGAUGCGGCCGUGAUGGAAGCGAAACGUGCAUAAACGACUUUGUUAAGAAAGGAGGUGAUGGCAAUAGGCCAUAUAGUUGUAAGUGUGAUAACUUUGGCAAAAAACGUAUAUGCAGAUGUAAAGUUCCUUGUUAGCGUUCGUUACAGCAAUAAAUAGAAGAAACUAGUUU